AUGUCGAACCGUCUCGCCAAUCAAUCCAACCCUUCAACUCCAAGAACUUACGAUAACGAUUCAGGGUCCGACGAUGACUCCCACACCCAAACACAAGUAGGCGUAUUGUAUGGUAAAACACAACCCAUACCCGUUGAUUCACGAACUCAAGAUGCAGAAGUAGAAGAGGAAGAUAUUCAACCGAGUCAAAUUGAUUUUGGCCAAUCAAUGCUCUUCAAUAAUUUAGUAACACAAGCAACAGUUGUACCGGACCUUCACCAACAAGAAGAAGAUCAAUUGAUGAAAGCUACCCAAAGGAUUGGAGAACCCGAGUCAAGCAACGAUGGUUUGGGGCUUGAGUUUGAUUUUAAUGCAUCGUCACUCUUUAGCAACAUCAUUAGUCAAGCCCAGAAGGUGCCAUCAUUCGAUGAUAAGACACAGAUAGAGUCGGGCAACGAGAGUACUCAGACACACAUAGAGCUAGACAGGGAGAAUACUCAGACACAGAUAGUGCUAGACAGGGAGAAUACUCAGACACAGAUAGAGUCAGACAUCCAGACACAGGUGUUAAAUGACAGUGAUAAGGAGAAUGUUCAUACACAGAUAGAGCCAGACGAGAACGCUCCUUUCCAGACUCCCGAACACAAGUUAACUGCUAGUGAAAGACUUGCGAGAAUCACCCAAUUGGCCAAUGAGAAACGGCAGGUGAGACUCCAAAAGGAAAGAGAAGCCGAAGCCAAACAAUUGGAAGCAGAUAUCACCAAAACAUCAUUAACUGAUGAAGAGAACGAUCUCCUAGAAGAUUUGCGUAGUUCUGAUCGACUUAGUUCUGAUCGACUUGAAGAUUCCCAAAGAGGGAAAUACGGCAGAGAUGUUAAGAGGGUCCAGGAGUUGAUCAACAUUGCCAAAAGAGAUCAAGUGAUUGUUCCACAGUUUGUUAGGCGGAAGGAAUUCUCCAAGAAGGAUCUUAUCAGGGCCUUUGAGUCGGAAGAUGAACAGCAUGAAGUUGAUCCGUUGUCUUCACCACUAGGACUUUCAACGAGCACCCAACAGAAGAGUCCGUUGACAUCACCGAUAAAGACUCACACCAGCCAAUCAAUGCACCUCAACAAGCCUAUAGAGUCGUAUGCCAUGGGUCUAAGGGACAAUGGAAUGAUUGAACUCGAUGGUGAAGAGGACGACGACCAAGAAGAGGGUGCCAUACCCGAGUUGUCUAAAGAGCAGCAGCUUAGCAUCAAGCAGAGGUUCAUCAGAAGGAAGCAAAAGUCCAACACUAUGGUCAACUUGCCCAAGCAAAUGAGGUCCAACAUGAUGAUGAUGGCUUCUACAGGCAAGAACAACCACAAGGGCCAUUCGGAGUUGCUCCACUCGUUGACCAAAGAGAACAUUCAACAGUUGGUGUCCGUCAAGAACCAGAACCCGGACCAGCAGAUCUUGCAGGAGAUGCAGAAGGACGAUGAGAUCAUGGACUCGUUGUUGGAGCGGGAGAUCGAACGGGUGAACCGAAUUAGACUAAAGGAGAAGUUGAAAGCGAAGGCAGCCCAAGCUCUAUUGAAGAAGGAAGUUGGCGAAGGUGAAGAUGAAGGUGAAGGUGAAGGUGAAGUUGGUGAUGUUCCAGAUAGUGAAGUUCCAGAUAGUGACUUUAGUGAGGAAGGAGAAUCCGAUGAAAAUGAUGGUGAUGAAGGUGACUCGGAGUCAGAUGCCAAAGUUGAAGUGGAAGCCGAUGCUGAUGGACCUCGGGACGACGACAGCUACAUGUUUGGAGUCAAGAAGACCGACGCUCGCAUCAAUCAAGAUGAAAUGUUGGUGACUUCAAAUAACACUCCACUUGUUACGGAGGACUACGACGAUGACGACAACGGUGAAGAUCCUUCAUUGGUCAAUUUCUCUAUUGUAUCUGAAGGAGACCUAUUUAAGAACUUAACCGGAACAGUACAAGAUGCUGAUGUAUCAUUCACCCGUCCAGACGAUGAUCAUCACGAUCUUAAUCUACUGCAAGUGGUUCGACCCCAGCCUGGUGCGGACGACACUACUCAAGUAGACGGCACUCAAGUUGCCACGCAGGUUGAUACCAAGAUGACUCAAGUCAUUGGGUCUAUGGCCGACGAUGGUGAUGAUGAUGAUGAUGACAUAAGUCCAAGCAAAGUUGCAGCUGGACGGAGACAUGUACGGAGGAGGAUGGCAGUUGUUGAGGAAGACGAAGACGAAGACGAAGCGGAAGCGGAAGGAGAAGCCGAGGUUGAAGCAGCUGAAGAAGUUGAUCAUGAGGCUGCAGCUCAACUCCAGAAACAAUAUGAAGACCGUCUUAGACGCCAGGAAUUAAAGUCUAGAAAGAAACGGAAAGACCUAGAAAGGCGAGGUUUGAGGAAGUUGGUUGAUGGUGAAGCCUUGGAGUCAGAAGAUGAAUGGCAAGGGUUAGGAGGAGCUGAAGGAGACUUUAGUGAUGACCAAGGCAACAGUGAAGAUGAAAAGAUGAUCGACAACAGCUUGCUGGUUGAUUUGAAUGACGAGGCCGUCAAGAAGAAGUUCAUGCAACAGUAUCAGAUCAGCGACACCAAGGAAUUGGAAAAGUUAUUGGACGAUAUUAAGAACCAUCGUUUGUCCAAACGUGGAGUUGGCAACGGCUUUGAUAUUGAAUUGAGUGACGAAGAGGACGAGUUGUUGAUGAAGUACAGACAGCAGAAGAUGAAGCAGCAGAAUGAAAAAUUAAUGGCCAAUAAGAAGAUCAGACAAUUGGCCCAACAGGAGAAGUCAAAGGCCUUUUUCAUGUCGAUGCAAGAAGGCACAUCGUCUGUUCGAAUAGAGGAGGACGAGGAGGACGAGGAGGACGGUAAUGAAGGUGGCGAAGGUGGUGAUGAUGUAGGCGGUGAAGGUGGUGAUAAUGAGGUUGAUGAAGACCUUGAAACUUCUCUAGAUAAACAACCACCCAAGAAACUUUUAAAGAUUGAAGAGUCGUUUGUGGUUAAACAGUUAUCAUUCCUUUCCGCUUCCAGAGAAGACGAAUACGAACGAAUGCAACGGUUAUCACGACUUCAACACGGAUUUGAUUCUUCAGAAGACGAAGUCGAAGAUAUACAAACCUUGAAGUCCAAAUGUCUAGCUCGUCUUUCUACCAGAACAACGUCUGAGACUUCCAGCAAAAGAUCUUUUGAAGAAGUAGAAACAGAUGCUGAUGAUGAUGCAGAUGACGAUUUCAAUGAUGUGAUUACGUCAUUCAAGAAACCAAGUAUCAUCAAAUCUUUCAAGUCAUUCCAACAGAUGCAAGGAGUUCAAAUUAAAGAUGGGAAACAGUCGUUCUCUGGAGUCACAGUCAACAAGCAUUACAAGGUUGCAACUGGAUCCAAGGCCUCUAUUACUUAUAUUUCCAACAACAAGAAGCAGGUGUCCAAUAAGGAAGAGCAUAUCAAGAAGUCUAUUCGUUUGAAUAGAACUCCCGGUUCCAGAAUCUUUACCGAUUCAGGGUUUGACUAA